AACAAAGAAUCACUGUAUUGAUGAAUUAGUAGUGAGAAAUCUUAAAUUUAAUAAGAAACAAAACUAGAUUUCUCAAAUUAGGUAAAGGAAACUACCACCAGUUCGUAAAAAAAGGAAAAAUAUGCCCUAAAAAAGGUUCGCCAAAAAACACAGAGGGUUCAUUUUUCCACAUCCAUUUACACAGUAAGAACUCGUGCAGUAUUGGUUGUGAAAUAACUUAUUUAAUCUCUGACUCAAAUCUAAAAAUCUGAGCUGGAGCGAGGCUAACGGGACCAGCUGCUCGUUGGGGUGCCUCAGGACAUCAACACACACAAAUCUAAUACAAGGGCAAAAAUGAGCUUCCUAAACGAAUUACAGAAACAAAAGAAUAAACUCAAAGUUAGAGAAACCGUAUUCACAAACGCUGCUGGACAGAGGUUCAUAGAACGGAAUGGAGAAAAGACUGAAAUCUCCUCAACUUAUGGCUUUGUGGUGGACAACAAACCUGACAAUAUACCCGUGUUAGUGACUGAGCAUUUGUAUAUAGGGUCUCAGGACUGUACUGUUGAUGAUGUAUUAAAACAAUAUGACAUUAAAAAUGUGCUUAGUGUAGGAAUAAAUGCUGAAGUGAAUGUCGGACAUAAGUUUGUACAGUGUUUAGAUUUACCAGAGACUGAUGUCAAACAAAUGUUAACAGAGUGUUUACCAUUUAUCCACGACUCAGUGUGUCGUGGUGAGAAUGUUUUGGUGCAUUGCAACGCCGGCGUUUCUCGCACCUCAACCGUUGCGAUUGCUUACCUCAUGCAAUACAAAGGGAUGGAGUUUGAAGAGGCAUAUCGCUUGGUCAAGGAGAAGCGACCUGCCAUACGACCCAAUGAUGGGUUCAAGAGGCAAUUACAGGCUAUGAAACCUGGAGAAGUCAUCUAGACUUCGGCGUAAAACAAAAAAAGGCUUCAUAUGAAGUCAACAUCAGGAGAAAAUUAAAAUCAUGAAUGUUGCUACAACAGGAUUGGCUGGGUGCGAAGUGCGUGAUGAGGGAAACACAAGCGGCGACAACGCACGGCGUGGGAAAAAUCUCAACUUUCAUGGGACUAAAUAUGUCUAUAAAUAUGUAAUUUGAAAACUGUCAGAAAACGAUUGUGUCCCAUACCCGCCAGGUAGGCGCCACAGUCAUGUACAUAGCAACUAUAUUCAUUUUUGAUGCUGUGGUCUUGUCUUAAAACAGUUUAACCACUUUAACCAAAGAGUGUAUUUAUGUUGUACAAUAAAAUAACAAUUUACAAACAGAACUAUUUAUUGACUAUAAAAUAAGUACAAGGGCCUUUCAAUAUUUUAAAGCAACUGCUGCUGUAGAGAACAAUUCUCAGUUCAUUAUUAGACAUAUUAAAUACGAGGAAGAUUGUAUUAUUUCAAGUUCAUAAGACGAA